AUGAUCCUGUGGCGGUGGCCCAAAUGUACUGCUGAAUGGUUCAGACACAGGAAGCUUUUACCCUGGGAAGUUCCUUCUUGCCCCUACUCUACAAUCGCCGCUCCAGUUCAGUGUGAUGACUCAAGCGGUGAUGAAAAGCUGAAUUUUGCUCCUGAUAAUGAGCCUAUCCAGAAAUUGCACCGGUCUUUGAGCUCUGACAGUGUUGUGCAGACACUCCGCUGUCUAAGGAGGAAACCUGCAGUUGCAUUCGCCUACUUUAAAGAUACACAUAGCCUUGGUUUUCACCAUGACUUCUCAACCUACUCAGAGAUCAUACAAAUUUUAUCCCAUUCAUUCCAGGGGAAGAUGCUGGUAUCCUUGUUUGGUGAGAUUCUCUCAGGAACUGGUAGUGGUGGCCCUGAAAUCUUAGCGCUCAUUGAUCACUUGAGAGAAACAUGUGCCACUUCUCACGUACUCUCAUAUGCAGUCAAUUGCUUAAUCAAGGCAUACACCACCUGCCACAACGCACAAGAAACAGUAGAGAUGUUUUGUCACCUUUGCAGGCUUGGAUUUGUUCCAACGCUUUGGGCUUGCAACUUUCUGCUCAAAUUUGUAUCUCAGAGCAAUGAUUCACAUAUGGUUGUUGCAGCUUAUGAUCAAAUGAAGUGCUUUCAGUUGACACUGGAUGCUCAAUCAUUGAACAUAGUCACUAGAUCGCUUUUUCAAGCAAACAAGGCAGACGAAGCAUUCCAAGUGUGGGUUGGGAUGAUUGAAAUGGGAGUGAAAUUAGAUGUACAUGUAUACUCAUCAUUUAUAAUUGGCCUUUGUGAUUGUAGAAAGUAUGAUCUAGCUUAUAACAUGGUAAGAAGAUAUGCUGUUCUACAAGAGAUAUCCCAAGAGAGGGUUCCAAUUGAAGCCAUGGCUUAUAAUAUGGUAAUUGAUGGACUAUGCAAAGAAAUGAAACUGGAGGAGGCUGAAAAGGUCUUGGAGAUCAAGACCAGACAUGGAUCUACCCCUGAUCUAUAUGGCUAUAGCUAUCUCAUUCAUAGUCAUUGCAAAAUGGGUAACCUAGAGACGGCAUGGUAUCAUAUUGAAGACAUGUGCCUCAGGAAGUUAGGUAUGAUAUCUGAAGUUAUUGUGCACUUCCAGAAAUUUAGAGAUUUAGGGCUCCAUCUUGAUGGCGUGCUUUAUAACAUUGCUAUGGAUGCUUAUUGCAAGCUUGGGAACAUGAAUGAGGCAGUUAAGCUACUGAAUGAAAUGAUGGCUGAAGGCUGGACUGACCAUGCUUACACGCUUUUUCUUAGAGUUGCUAAACAAGGAAAUAUGGUGGAUCAUUUGUCAUGUUCAAAAUUGAUAAACGGCCUCUGUAGAGAUGAAAAGGUUGAAGAGGCAUCAACUGUAUGUAGUAUGAUGCUUGAAAAGAAUGUUGUUCCUGAUGUAAUUUCAUAUAGCAAACUUAUAUCAGCUUAUUGUCAGUCAAGAGAUAUGCACAAUGCUCACUUAUGGUUCCACGAUAUGGUUGAGCGAGGACUUUCUGAUGUCAUUGUAUACACUGUACUGAUGAAUGGUUAUUGCAAGGUUGGUCGGUUGCAAGAAGCAUGUGAAUUAUUUGUUCAAAUGAUAAAUUUAGGAAUCAAGCCUGAUGUAGUUGCAUACACAGUGCUAUUGGAUGGCCACCUAAAGGAAACCCUACAACAAGGGUGGCAGGGCAUCGCUAAGGAAAGGAGGACCUUUUUUCUUAGAACAAAGCAUAAGGCGUUGCUGAGCUCUAUGAAAGAUAUGGAAAUUGAACCUGAUGUAACCUGUUACACAGUAUUGAUUGAUGGACAGUGCAAAGCAGAAUAUUUAGAGGAAGCACGGGGAUUGUUUGAUGAGAUGUUAGCGAAAGGACUUAGCCCUGAUGUUUACACAUACACAGCUCUUAUAAAUGGAUACUGUAGCCAGGGAGAAAUAGCAAAGGCUGAAGAUCUUUUCCAAGAAAUGAUAGAUGAGGGAAUGAAGCCAGAUGUACUGAGCUUUUCAGUAUUACAUCAGAGAACCUUGAGACAUCGAAAGGCUCAUUAA